AUGAAUUAUUCUCACUCACUUCAAGUAAUAACUGGAUAUCAAAUGUUUAAAUCCAGAUAUCAAAUGAAUAGAUACUUUCAACGAAAAAGGAACGUAGAUAGUGUUGAUGAGGGGGCAUCGAAUAAUGUGGAUGUUGAUGAGGGGUUAUCAAAUGAUGUGGAGUUUGAUGUCACAAAACUUCCAACUGAUCCCGGUCUAAGGAUACCCAUUUUGGAUUACAAUGCUAACAUCCGAGAUGAAGUUCGAAGAGCAUCUAUGUUAAAGGGUCCUUGUCAGCCCCAAGAUCAUAACUUUCCAAAACGACAAUUUGGAGUAACAAUUAGACGAUUCAAUCCUUCGUGGUUUAAAAAGUUCGGUAGUUGGUUGGAGUACAGUAUAGAAAAGGAUGCUGCUUAUUGUUUGUAUUGUUAUCUUUUCAGAACAAGUUCUGGAAAUGCACAUAACCAUGCUCGCAUUAAAUGUGAAGUGUUGAUGAAUCAAGAGCAACGCAUUCAAUCAGUUUUCUACAAACAGUCAGAACAAGUAAGAAAUGCAUAUGUUACACACCUUAAUACAUCCAUUGAUUGUGUUCGAGUUCUUUUGCGACAAGGGCACUCAUUUCGAGGUCAUGAUGAAUCUGAGGAUUCUCUCAAUCCAGGUAACUUCUUAGUGCAAUAUCAAUUUUUGGCUGCUCAUAAUGAAGUUAUCAAUGCCGUCACAUUGGGAAAUGCUCCUCACAAUUGCAAAUUGACAUCACCUGAUGUUCAAAAGGAUAUAGUAAAUACUUGUGCUAUUGAAACGAUCAAUGUUAUUAUCAAAGAUGUUGGUGACUCGUUAUUUUCUAUUCUAGUUGAUGAAUCUUGUGAUGUGUCAAUGAAGGAGCAAAUGUCUAUUGUUUUACAUUAUGUAGACAAUAGUGGGCGUGUCAAUGAACGCUUCAUAGGGAUUGAACAUGUUACAAGUACCACGGCUCUAUCACUUAAGGCUGCAAUUGAUAAGGUAUUUUCUAGAUAUAACUUGAGUAUGUCUAGAUUGAGAGGACAAGGUUAUGAUGGAGCAAGUAAUAUGCAAGGUAAGUUUAAUAGUCUAAAAACACUCAUUUUGAAUGAGAGUCCAUGUGCCUUUUACAUUCACUGUUUUGCUCAUCAACUCCAACUUGCGCUAGUGGCUGUGGCAAAGAAGAACAUCCCUAUUACUAACUUCUUUGGUGUGGUUGGGAACGUAAUAAAUACUGUUGGAGCAUCUUCCAAACGAUGUGAUCUUCUUCGAGAAAAACAAUUAGACUUUAUUGUUGAGGCAUUAGAAAAAGGUGAGAUUUUAAGUGGACGGGGACUUAAUCAAGAAACGACCCUUCAGUGCUCUGGUGAUACACGAUGGAGUUCACAUUAUAAUUCUUUGGUCAGCUUGCUUGCCAUGUUCUAUUCUGUUAUAGAUGUACUCGCAAUAAUUAUUGAAGAUGAGUCUUGUUCUUGUGAUCAAAGAUUUGAUGCAACAAAUUUAUUGGAGUUGAUACAAAGAUUUGAUUUUGCAUUUAAUCUACAGUUGAUGAGAAGUGUGUUGGGGAUUUCAAAUGAACUGUCAAAGGCAUUGCAAAGAAAAGAUCAAGAUAUUGUGAAUGCAAUGCAAUUGGUAAGAUUGUGCAAACGAAGACUCCAAAUAAUGAGAGACGAAGGGUGGGACUCCUUUUUGGAAGAAGUAUGUUCUUUUUGUUAA